GUUAAUGAGUGAAUCUAAAAAUUAUUAUUACUAUUAUUGCUUCACUUCCCAUUUUACAUUUUAAAAACUUCAACCACUAUCAACUAUGAGUGGAGUAUUACAUAUAUAGAAUAAAUGUUUACAAUAUAUAUAUACCACAUUUUCAUUGUUGAUCAUCUUAAUUUUAAGCCUUUAAAGGUCUCCCUCUCUUCCCAAGUUUGAAGGAAGUGCAAUUAGGUUCAAAAUUGUCAUGGCUUUGACUACAUCAGAUGAAUUGCUGGCCAUUUUCAUGCCAGUUGUUGUUUACUGGAUAUACUCAGGGAUGUAUGUGAUCUUCGAGUGGCGGUUUGAGAAUUACAGGUUGCAUUCCAGGAAAGAACAGGAGGAGAAGAAUUUUGUACCCAAAAAGACAGUCAUCAAAGCUGUUCUUCUCCAGCAAACCUUUCAGUCUAUAGCGUUAUUCCUCAUGUUUAAGGUGACAGGAGGAAAUCAUGAUGUUGGGGCUUCCAAAGGACAAGCAUCUUCCUAUAUUGUUAUUGCUAUGCAAUUUGUUGUAGCUAUGCUGGUUAUGGAUACUUUACAAUAUUUUAUACAUAGAUACAUGCACUACAACAAAUAUUUUUAUCGGCACUUCCAUUCUUACCAUCAUCGGAUUGUUGUGCCCUAUGCAUAUGGAGCUUUCUACAAUGAUAAUGUUGACCGCCUUCUCGACGCCAUUGGUACAGCCUUAGCUGCUUUCCUCGCUGGCAUGUCUCCUCGAACUUCCACCUUUUUUGUCUGCUUAGCCACUAUCAAAGCAGUGGAUGACCAUAGCGGGAUGUUGCUCCCUGGAAACCCCUUUCAUAUCUUCUUUUGGAACAACUCUGCAUUUCAUGAUACGCACCAUCAGCUUUGUGGUGGCAAAUACAACUUCUCAACCCCAUUCUUCGUGAUGUGGGAUAGAAUUAUGGGAACCUAUAUGCCUUAUUCAAUUGAGAAAAGAGCAGAAGGGGGCUUCGAAGUACUAGCUACAAAAGAGUUGAAGGAUGAUUGAUCAUUAAUGAGUUUUGCAAUGAACGCACUCUAUAUGCACUUAUUUGCUUUUCUUUUGGGUUUGAUUGUAAUAUAAACUAGAAAUAUGCCAAUGCUUCAUUGCAAAAACUCAUAGGUCUAUGUUAUUAGUUAUGCUCUUUUAAAAAAAUUAUGAUGUUGUAUUGUUUUAGUACUUGCCUAAAAACUCAGUUUUUAUGAUCA